AUGGCACCCCUUCGCAACCGUCAGAGUCUCUCAAAGGAGAAGUUCUCUGGGUACUUCAGUACCUUGAAGACUCAAACCUACAACGAUCCUGGUGCAAGAGGCGCUGGCUCGCAUAGUUUGCGAACCAUUGGUUGGAAUUCUCUCGGUACCCUGAUCGCAACUGGGGCUUCAGACAAAACUAUUCGAGUCUGGAACCCUGAGAAAGUCUCGGUGAAUUAUUCCACUCAACUUAUCGGUCACACUGCGGGCAUCGAAAAAGUGGCUUUCAAUCCAGUGAAAGAUGCUGAACUCGCCAGUGUGAGCAGUGAUGGCGUAGUUAAGUUUUGGGAUGUCAGAACGAAAGCAGUGAUCAACGAAGUCAAAGGAUUGGGCGACCCCUUGAGCCUCGUGUGGUCUCCUGAUGGAUCAAGUCUGAUUGUUGGCAACAAGGCUGACAACAUCUACGUACUCUCCCCCACACAGUCAACUCCUAUUGCCUCACAUCAGCAGCCAGUGCAAACAAACCAAAUUGCUUUCUGUUGGAGUGGUGAUAAGAUAUUUCUUACAACGGGAGAAGGUCGUAUCAAGAUUCUCUCUUAUCCAGACUUCAUACCCGUCUUCAACAUGAGUUUUGAGCCUUCCCAGCCCUUCACUUUGAAUGGACAUACAUCCUCGUGUCUAUCUGUAGAGAUGCAGCCUACAGCAAGAUUCUUGGCAAGUGGGGGUUCAGAUUCUAUCAUUGCCCUUUGGGAUACAACCGAUUGGAUAUGUCAACGUACAUUGAUUGAUAUGGUAGGCCCCAUUAGGAGCAUAAGUUUCAGCUUUGAUGGAAGCUAUAUAGUUGGAGGUAGUGAUGAAGGCACGGGAUUGGAGAUUAUCCAUACUGAGACUGGAGAGCACGUGUAUACCGUUAAAGGUAGCCCUUGCCCAGUUGUAGCUUGGCACCCAAGCAAAUAUACUUUGGCAUAUGUGGAACACGGUGGCUUGAAGAUCAUUGGAGUUGACUCAGAGAGGAAGUAA